AUGGCUUCCACCCAACUGUCCUGUGCCACCCCCUGCGAGCCCAAGUGUCCCCAACCGCUGGCCAGCAGCACCAACGAGCCCUGCGUGGUGACCUGCGGCGACUCGCGGGUCAUCAUUUACCCCCCGCCCGUGGUGGUCACCUUCCCGGGGCCCAUCCUCACCACGUACCCUCAGCAAACCGUCGUGGGAGCCUCGGAGCCCUCGGAGGUGGCCCUGGGCGAGCCCCCGGCCCCGGCAGCGCUGCCCGCCGAAGUCACGGCUGGCGACAAAGUGGCAGCGCCGGUGCUGGCCCGUCCCGAGCCGCGCUGCGCCCCCAAAUAUUCCUACAGCUACUCCUCGCAAUGGACUCAUCCCUGCAAUUCCUACCGCUCCGGGAAGCGCUGGACGUGCUGAGCACGGGGAACGGGCGGCAAGGGAAAUCCCGGGUGAAAUCCCAGCUCUUCUUGGCGGUGCAGCGGCCCCGGGGCUGCUCCGGCUCCUCCCGAGAGCUGCGGGGGCUCAGCCCCGGCACAGGCGGCCUCGUGUUGCAAUUCCUCGGGUUUUUUUUCCCUUAGUUUAGGGCUGUUCUCCCGCAGCUUUGGAGUCGCCUGCUUCCGCCGUGCUUUGGCUUAUCCCGGAUUUUUUUAUUGGCACUGAGCUUAGAGAGGCGACUUGAAAUGCUCGGAAUAGCACACGGCAACGCUGCCAAAAAGGGAAAUUCCCCGUUUUUACACGCGGCAUCACUUGGAUGCUGGUGAUUUGCCAGAGCCUGGCUGAACCCCCGGAACGAUGCUCUUUGUAUCCUGUACAGUUUUGAUCCACAAUUGUAGGAAAGCUUCUCUUUCCAAAUAAAUUUUCUCUACCGAAA